CGUCACCCCCCUCAUACUUUCCCUACAAAAGGCGUCAAAUUCGGUCACAUCAACAAAAGUUAACCUAACGUACCCACCACUUCGUCAAAAAUUCGUCGAAAAAAUUGUUUUAUCCCCGGAGAGUGUCAGGCAUUCUUGAAAAAUGUCCACGGACUUCUACAUCAGAUACUACGUCGGUCACAAGGGUAAAUUUGGCCACGAGUUCCUUGAAUUUGAGUUUCGUCCAGACGGCAAGCUUCGGUAUGCCAACAACUCCAAUUACAAGAACGACACGAUGAUCAGGAAGGAGGCGUAUGUCCACCAGUGUGUGAUGGAGGAGUUGAAGAGGAUCAUCCAGGACUCGGAGAUAAUGCAGGAGGACGACGCCCUGUGGCCACAGCCAGACAGGGUUGGCAGGCAGGAGCUGGAGAUCGUCAUCGGGGAUGAGCACAUCUCCUUCACCACUUCCAAGACGGGUUCCCUGCUGGAUGUCAACCAGUCCAGGGAUCCGGAGGGGCUCCGGUGCUUCUACUACCUCGUGCAGGACCUCAAGUGUCUUGUCUUCUCGCUUAUUGGACUGCAUUUCAAGAUUAAACCGAUAUAGAUAGCAGUGGAUUUUGGCUCUCGAUGUAAAAAACACAUAAAUUUUUCAUUCUUUUUUUCUUACGAUUGUUUUAUGCUCUUCGGCUGGUAAUUGAGUGGUGGAUUGAUUUAUUAUUUCUGACCUGUAAUUUUUUAUUUACGAAGGAGGUCGAAGGUAAUAAAUGAUUUUGAGAAGAAA